AUGUCUGCGCUGAUCUCUCCCAGGAGGACUCACAGCAGCUUCCUGACUCUCCAGGCCAUCUGGUCCCGCACUGCUCUCGGCAUUCUGGCGGACCUCGGAGCCUUGGCACCUCAUGUUGACGAAGCCUGCGUGUUCUUGCAAGCCAUCCGGACCUCCGGAGCAUCAGCCCUGCUCUUCCUUUCAGCUGACCAUUUCCUGUUUCACUCAUCGCUCUCCGAGGGUGGCCACUGCCACCCUCACCUCGGCUUAAUCACCAUGUCGAGCUCACGCCAAACCGAGCUCCCAUCUGCGACGGUGCAGGCAACGCCAGCUUCAGCCGACUGGAGCCACCCAAGCCAAGCCCUGCAGCCAUGGAAAAACAGCGUCCCGAGGGACCUACCCAAGCGGGUCUUUGCCCAUCUCUCUCAGAGCAAGCCGGAGCACCCGAUCGCCGAAGUGGACCAGCUAGAGCUGAAUGCGGAUAGCCUGUGA